CAGAGCUUUUUUCUUAAGGAAUCUCUGUCUUCGUCUGAGAAGGUAAAAUCUCUAACCGCUGAUCUUUCUCCUCUUUGAUUCCUUAUACCCUGUUCGUUACGUCGAUUCUGCUUGAUCGCAGAGAACAAUGGGGAAAGAAGUUGAUAAGAAGUUCACUUGGUUGAUUAAGAAUUUCUGCUCUCAGCAAUCCACAAAAAUUUACUCUGAUGAAUUUGUCGUCGACGGCUGCAAAUGGCGUCUUCUGGCCUUUCCUAAAGGAAAUGGUGUUAAGCAUUUGUCACUGUAUCUGGACGUUCCUGGUAGUCAAUUUUUACCUGAUGGAUGGAGAAGACACGCAGAUUUUCACUUAAGUGUAGUGAAUCAACACUCUGAAGAACUCUCUCUAACCAAAGCAACACAACAAUGGUUUGAUGCCACUGCUUGCGACUGGGGUUUUACAUCAAUGUUUCCCCUUAACAAACUUCAUGAUAAAGAUGGUGGAUUCCUGGUUAACGGAGAGCUCAAGAUUGUUGCCGAGGUAUCUGUUCUUGAAGUUAUUGGAAAAUUAGACGUACCAGCGGAAUGUGAAGAGACAACCAAAGUUCUAAGAAAUGUAGAGGAAAAUGAUGGUGCAGAGUCUUCUAAUGAUUCACUCAAGGAAGCUUCAUCAGUAAAAGAAAGCAUAGAUGUCAACGGCUUUCGAGUUCUUCCUUCACAGGUGGAAACUGUGAGCUUUAUAUUUGAAAGACACCCCGACAUUGCGUCAGAGUUCCGUCCAAGGAAUCAGCAUCUGAGGUCAGCUUACAUGAAUGUCCUCCUCAGCCUAAUUGAGACGCUGUGCCAGUCGACUCAGGAACUUUCCAAGGAUGAUCUGGCAGACGCAGACGCUGCUCUUGCAUACUUGACAGACGCAGGGUUGAAUCUGAAUUGGUUGGAAGAGAAACUCGAAGAAGUAUCAGAAAAGAAGGAGAACGAGGAAGCUGGUGAGACUCGGGUGCAAGAAAUAGAGGAAGAGUUGAAGGAAUUGAAGCUGAAGUGCUCAAACCUGGAAGCUGAGCUGGAGAAGGAGAAAGCAAAUGUGUCUGUGGCCAGAGCUCCUUUCUCGUUCGAUGAUGUUGUUUAAUGGCUUCAGUAUUCAGAUUCCUUCUUAUAGUCCUGUUCGGUGUUUUUAGUCGUCUUGAAACUCUGGAAGAUAAGUGGCUUAGGUUGGAUGUUUCCGCAUUUUGUGGUUCUUGACUCGUUAGGUUUCUUUAAUCCGAUCCAUUGUCUUUCUUAUAAGUAAGUAUUGUGGUUCUAGACUACUACUAGUCAGAUUUUGGUUGUUUCGUUUAGGUGUGUUUCUUUUGCGUAUAGUUGAUAUACCAAGUUGUGGCUACAAA